GAUAAACUUUCAUUUGUCAUAUGGCAGUUGUGGCUCCCUUUUGGCCUUUUCCUUCCGAACUCGGAUCUGGUUUCCCUACUACUUUGUGAUAUCGGCCGAUUUCCUCUCUCAACUGUCCGUCCCACCACGCCUUUCUCAUCACAACGCCCAGUAGCAAAAUCCACGCCUUACGCCUUUCUUCCUCAUAUUCAUCUCUUUUGUGAAAGCAGGGUCAAGCAUUCUUUCCAGUUUCCACACACCCGGAGCCCAUUUUUCCCCGUUCUUACAUAUUUACAUCUGACCACUAUAUAUGCUCCUGCCCGGCAUGAAGGUAGUAGGCUAUUAAAUGUUCAUUUGGUUCUGAUUCUGGUUUUGAUUGAUUCUUAUAUUCCAUUCUCAGAAUUCGUUGGUUUAGAUUCUUUUCAUUACUGGUCCAGAGAACAAACAAACUAAUUUUGAGAAUGGGAAUCGAGUGAAUCUACCCUAAAUAAAAACAUAAACCAAUUAAAAUGAGCCCCAAACAAUGUUCCAAGAAAUUCUUUUGCAUUUCCACGGCGGCCGUUCUUUCCUUCGCCGUCCUUAUCUCCCUCAUCCUCCUUUUCGCCCUUAGACCCACCUCCCAUCACCACCAGGCGUCGGAAUCUGGCAUCGUCCCCUCCGGUUUGCCUCCCUCCGUCCGUAAUGCUUGCAAGUUCUCCAAUGACACAGCAGCUUGCGAAUACGCAAUCGCUAGCUCCGGGCGGUUGCCCAAGGACCCGACGGCGCUGCAGAUCAUCGAGGCCGUCGUCGCCGUAUCUUCCAAAAACCUCACGACGGCCAAAUCCAUGGUGGAUGAUAUCUUGAAGGAGUCCGUCGGCAACCUGAACCGGUCGGUCACGGCCAAAACGUGUCUCGAAACGUUCGGAUACGCGGAAAAUCGGAUGAGAUCUGUGGAGAAAGCUCUCCGGGGCGGCGAGAUCAAGGACGCCCGGGCGUGGAUGAGCGCCGUCGUCGGGUACGAAUACGGCUGCUGGUCGUCGCUCAAGCGCGUGAACGACACCGAGAAGGUGAACAGCGCGAUGGCGUUCAUGUGGUCGCUCCUCGGACUGACCAGCGACGCGCUGGGCAUGUUGGUGAACUACGACCGCAUCGGGAAUGAAACCGGGUCGUGGCGGCUGCCGGAAACAGAGCGUGACGGCUUCUGGGAGAAGGACGGCAGAUCCGGAUCCGGGUCGGUGACCGGCGGAGGAGUUCCAUCGGGGUUGACCCCGAACGUGACGGUGUGCCCGCUCCAAAAGAGCGGCUGCCACUACCAGAAAGUUCAGGACGCCGUGAACGCCGCGCCGGAUUUCAUCUCGGCGGGGAAGUUUGUGAUUCAGAUAAAGGCCGGAGUUUACGAGGAGAUCGUUCGGGUGCCGUUUAAUAAAACGAAUGUGGUGUUUUUAGGGGAGGGCAUGGGCAAAACUGUCAUUACAGGAAACUUGAGUGUGGGUCUCCCUCCUUUCAACACCACCUACCACUCCGCCACCGUUGCUGUGGUAGGGGACGGAUUCAUGGCCAGGGAUCUGACCAUCCGAAACACCGCACCCGCCGGAGCUCACCAAGCCGUUGCCUUCCGAUCAGACAGCGAUCAUUCCAUAGUAGAAAGCUGCGAGUUCCUGGGCAACCAAGACACUCUCUGCGCCAACUCUCUCCGCCACUACUACAAGUCCUGCCGCAUCCAAGGCAACGUCGACUUCAUCUUCGGGAGCGCCGCGGCGGUCUUCCACGGCUGCCGGAUCUUCGUGUCCCCCCGGCAGGAAGAUCCGGCGAAGCCGGCGGACAACGCCGUGACGGCACACGGCAGGAUUUACCCCGGCCAGUCCACCGGCUUCGUCUUCCAGAACUGCGCGGUCAACGGGACGGAUGAGUACAUGGAGUUGUUCCGGAAGAGUCCGGAUUCGUUCAACGCGACGUAUCUGGGGAGGCCGUGGAAGGAGUACUCGAGGACGGUGUUCAUAGAGUGUGCGCUGGAGGGUCUUGUUUCUCCGGCGGGGUGGAUGCCGUGGGAUGGGGACUUUGCGUUGGAGACGCUUUACUACGGGGAGUUCAAUAAUACCGGCGCCGGAGCUGGCGCGGCGGAACGGGUGAAGUGGAGUAGCCGGAUUCCGGCGGAGCGUGUCCACUCCUACUCUCUUGACAACUUCAUUCAAGGUCAUCUAUGGAUCCCAUCAUCUCAAUGAUUUAAUUUGUAAAGAAAGCUUAGAGGCUUUUUUGGGUGGUUUGUGUACUAUGUAUUGAUGAUAUGAUUAUUAUCAAUGGCAUUUCAUCAUUUGGGGUUAAUCAAUUAUAUUUUGCACG